UGGGCAGGCAACUGCCACUGCUCAGUGUCACCCGAGCUGUCCCUAGGUAACCCUGGGAGAGCCUUGGCUUCUCAAUGACCAGCCUCAGCUUGAUACUGAUGGACAAAAUUGUAUGGGCCAGAGGCAGGGAUGGUCGGCUAUGACCCCAAAGCAGAUGGCAGGAAUAACACCAAAUUCGAGGUGGCAGUGGCUGGGUCUGUGUCUGGACUUGUCACCAGGGCGCUGAUCAGUCCCUUGGACGUCAUCAAGAUCCGUUUCCAGCUUCAGAUUGAGCGCCUGUCUCCCAGCGACCCCAGUGCAAAAUACCAUGGGAUCCUACAGGCCAUGAGGCAGAUUUUGCAGGAAGAGGGCCCAACGGCAUUCUGGAAGGGACACAUCCCAGCCCAGAUUCUCUCCGUAGGCUAUGGAGCUGUCCAAUUUUUGUCAUUUGAAAUGCUGACGGAGCUGGUCCACAGAGACAACGUGUACGAUGCCCGCGAAUUCUCUGUGCACUUUGUGUGUGGCGGACUGUCUGCCUGCAUGGCCACCCUCACUGUGCACCCUGUGGAUGUUCUGCGUACCCGCUUUGCCGCUCAGGGCGAGCCCAGGGUCUAUAAAACCCUGCGGGAUGCCGUGGUGACCAUGUACCGGACUGAGGGCCCCUUCGUUUUCUACAAGGGCUUGGCUCCCACCUUAGUCGCCAUCUUCCCCUACGCCGGGCUCCAGUUCUCUUGUUACAGCUCCUUGAAGCACAUGUAUGAGUGGGCCAUGCCAGCUGAAGGAAAGAAAAACGGGAACCUCAAAAACCUGCUUUGUGGCAGUGGAGCUGGAGUCAUCAGCAAGACCUUGACAUAUCCCUUGGACCUCUUCAAGAAGCGGCUGCAGGUUGGCGGGUUCGAGCAUGCCCGAGCUACCUUUGGCCAGGUGCGGAGAUACAGGGGCCUCCUGGACUGUGCCAUGCAGGUGCUGCGAGAGGAGGGCCCCCCAGGCUUCUUCAAGGGCCUGUCCCCCAGCCUGCUGAAGGCUGCCCUCUCCACGGGCUUCAUGUUCUUCUGGUAUGAACUCUUCUGCAACCUCUUCCACUGCAUGAAGCAUGUAGACCUCCGGCGCUGAGGAAGGAAGGAUCGAGGUCUUCCCCGGAGGUGACUUCCCAAGAGAAGGAAGCCUGGGUCCCCGCUGAGAGGUGCUGCCUGGCCCAUCCUGCAGGCCAGGCAUCUGAGCAGAGCAGCAGCCUUGAACCCCCUGGCUGGACACCACCAAAGGGUGAGGGCUUUCGCCAUGUGGGAACACAGGGCGAAUGCAGGACUUGGUCUGUGGGAAGCCAACAGCAUGGUGAUAAGGAGCUUGAAGUUGCUGCUUCUCCUCUGUCCAGCCCAAAUGUCAAAGGAAACAGGUGGCAUCUUAUGCUUCUCAGCCCCACCUGUCAGGGGAACGCACCUGGUUCACGCUGGGGCUGCGGCUUGAGUGCAGAGGGUGGCCGGCAGGUCCUUUGCAGGAGUCUGGUCCUCACACGUGGCCUGUUUUUCUCCCAACUUAUUUAAUAGACAUUAAAGCUAAAUGCACAUUCCUUA